AUGUCGCUGAUCAUCCCCACUGUCGCCAGACUGAAGCCUGAGAUUCGCCUGGCCGAAGCGGUAUCCCAUUUCGAAGCCAGUCUAUCUAACGCCCUUAAAUCCCUUCCAGAUACCAGCAAUGUCAUGCGAUUCACGGCAGACUUUGACAGGUCUCAGAGAGCGGGUGGUAGAUGUUUUGGGCCUCGGUUUACGAACUUCCUCCACGAUGUCCAUGGUUCGUCUUUGUCACCGCAUAAUGGCGUUCUCUCAAUAGCCCACAUUCUCCAAGAUGGCUGCUACACUCAACGACGGAGAAUGAACGCAAUUCAUUCAGAGCUGAAUCAUUGGGCGAGAUCAAUCAGAGAUGAGUUGGACUUGCUGAUGGCCAAAGGUAUCGAAAAAGAGGUCCAAGAAAGCACAAGAUUCAGAGCACUAUCUGCCCGGCUCUCAAGAGCCAACGAACGCAAGCUUGGUUCUGGAAAAUCAGUCAUGCUUGCGAAUAUGGUCGAUAAUCUCACCAUUCAUGUUGAAGAUACGAAUGCGAUAGUUGUCUAUUUCUUCUGUAGGUACGACAUAUCUCGAAGUUUUGAGGAGCGGACUGUUAUCGGCGCAUUAGGACGGCAGAUUCUGAGAACCAUACCUGAUCUUUCCGGCCUCACUGUUGCGGACAAGACACAUCUGAGCUCCGACGAUGUAAUACCGCUACUCAAGCAAGCAGCCCCAUCGAGUUCCAGAAUCUACAUCGUCCUCGACGGGCUGGACCUUUGCGCACGCCCAGAUAGGGAUCAGAUAUCAACCGCACUCAAUACCUUCCAACAAGUGUGGAAAGCAUCUAUAUGCAUAUCUUACAGAUCAGAACCUGAUGUCACUACCGAUAUACCUCAGUUGUUGAACACGAUUAAUGUUCCGCAACCCGACAACAAGCCCGAUAUUGAGGCGUUCAUCGAGGCUGAACUGGACCGAUAUAUAAACAGUGGUGUCCUGGUACUAGGCAACCCAGGGCUGAAACACGAGAUUCAAGAUGCUCUGAUCAAGGGAUCUCAUGGGAAGUUUCUCUGGGUCACUCUGCAAAUUUAUUCAGAAUCAAUCAUGCCGAUCCGAUUGAUUGUUGCGGAGUCUGGUUCUACGAUGACUGACGAGGAAGUCAGAGAGGCACUUGAAAACCUUCCUCAAGAUCUCACGCAGAUCUACAACCAAAUACUGGAGCGGACACUCCUGCCAGGACAAGCUUAUCGAGCCAACAUAUUCAAAUUUGUCUUAGUUGCAAAGCGGCCAACCACGAUUCAUGAGAUGCGGGAGGCUCUUAGUGUGACUCCAGGUGAUACGGAUUGGAAUCCUUCAAAACUACUCAACGAUGUAUACCAACCGCUGAAAGCCUGUGGAUGUCUGAUUGUUGUGGACGAGGAAGAGCUUACCAUACAGACAGUGCAUCCUAGUGUGGAUAUGUUUAUACUUACCGGAGAGUUCGAGGCACACAAUCCUUCCAGAUACCUCGCCAUUAGCAUGAACGAUGCCCAUACAUUGAUGCUUUCCAUCUUCAUUACUUAA